UAUGCUCCAUUUGUAUUCAAGCGCUACUGCUGGAUUGUUGUCUCCCCAGGAACCGCGCCGUCCGUGGACUUGCUGUUUAACCUGGAUCGUGUUACUGCCAGUGAAUACUUACUCAAGUCAGUCUUGCUGUACACGUUCAACAACUCAGUUUCUUUUCCCUCCGCUGUUAAAUGCGUGCACAUCCUGGUGAUGAACGAGCCAGGGUCCUCUCACAAGGCUCCCCCUCCAGCUUCACGCUCCUUUACCUUCAACUCACAGUUUGAAUUUAGAAAGAAAUACACGUGGGUUGAGGUUGAUGUGACCACUCUCCUUCAGCCUCUAGUGGCCUCUGACAAGAGAAGUGUUCACAUGUCUGUCGACGUUACCUGCGUGAAAGACCAGCUGCAGCAUCCCUCAGCCCAGGAGGGUCCCUUGAAGCUGCCUCUUCUGGUACCCCCGUCACUGCUUUUAUAUCUAAACGACACGAGUGCUCAGGCGUAUCAGAGGUGGUAUUCCCUCCGCUUUAAAAGGAGACUUUCACAGGCUCCUGACCAGGAGAGAGGCCUGUCUGCCCAUCCCACGGGAGAAGAGGCUGCUAAGGGAGUAAGGCCUUCCCGUCACCAGAGAGGUCAGGAAGCUGUCAGCUCGGAAUUGAGGAAGCCUCGGGUUCCAGCGUCUUUCAAUCUGAGUGAAUACUUCAGACAGUUUCUGUUUCCCCAGAAUGAGUGUGAGCUCCAUGACUUUAGACUUAGCUUUAGUCAGCUGAAGUGGGACAACUGGAUUGUGGCCCCGCACAGAUAUAACCCUCGGUACUGUAAAGGGGACUGCCCACGGGUUGUCGGGCAUCGGUACGGCUCUCCGGUUCACACUGUGGUGCAGAACAUCAUUUGCGAGAAGCAGCUGGACUCCUCAGUGCCAAGGCCAUCGUGCGUGCCGGCCAAAUAUAGCCCUCUGAGUGUGCUGACCAUUGAGCCUGAUGGCUCCAUCGCUUAUAAAGAAUAUGAAGAUAUGAUAGCCACUAAGUGCACCUGCCGUUAACACAUGGUCCUCUAAAACCUUGAGCCCCUUUGGCCAAGUCAAUGCCAUGCGCCUCUCUGUGCCUUCAGGAGAAAGCUUCAUGUGUCAAGUCUCUAAAUAUAAUGUAGCAUGUCUUGUAGAAGGAGGUACCUGUGUACAUUAGCACACUUGGUGACAUCUAUCAGCGUAAAGAGAUAACAUCUACCUUUCUUAUUUGCAAAUGUACAAUGAAUGUAAUUAUUUUGGAGAGCUUUCCAUUCCCCCCCCCCCGAGAUUUUUUUUUUCUUUUCGUAAGUCUUGUUUCUGAUGUUUAAAAAAACUUAAUUAGCAUUAAUCUUGGAUGGAAUUGCAGCUCUAAAUAGACAGUUCAGAGUGUUGUAGUCUUAUUUAAUUGAAGAAUAAAUUUCUAGCAGUGGCAUAAGUUUUCUGCAUGUAUUUAUUAAAUAAAGAUUGCUUUUAUAUGAUCAUUUGAGAGACAGAGGGAAUGUGCCUAAAAGCUAGUCUUGGCUCAACUUUUGAUCUUUUUCAGAGUAAAAGAGAGGCUAAGUUCUUUACCUAAAUUCUGAUGAAGUGAAAUUCACUAGGACUAGAGAUUAUGCCACAAAACCCACUUCUAUUGUAUUAGUGUGACCGGUACAGAAUAUACUAACUGUGCUCAUUAGAUGGCUUGUAUAAAUUGGUUGAUUCACAUCAAACAAUAUAACAUUUUUUCCCUUUACUUAAAGGAAAUUGCCUUGCAGAUUUUUUCCAAGAAAAUGGCAAGAUUCAAGGUUUUAAAAAUAUUUUUUUCUCCUUUAUAUAUUUAAAAUCUCUGACCCUAUGGAAGGAAGUCAAGGGGCAUUUUUUUCGUUUGUUGUUUUGUUUGUUUUUGCUGGUUUCCCUCAUCUCCCAUCACUCCACCCCCACAUAUAUUUUUUUCAGGUGGGUUUAGGACUGUUCCCACUAAACCAACUGGCAGUGACUCGGCUCUAUUACAGAGUGAGUCUUGUUUGGGUAUGAGGACUUAUAUGUGAGUUUCCAAUAAAUCUACCUUAGCGAGAGCCCUAGGGGCACAGAGUUAGAGAUGAUGCAGCGAUUUCUGUCUCAGAGAUUCCAAAACCCUAGUCUACAAACCAAAAGUAGCUCCUAGAUGCAAGAAGUCCUUCAACUCCUAUAAGUGAUCUUUUCUCAUGCUUAGUGUCUAAAGAAGUCAGCUGGGAUUUUGGUAGGGAUUGUGUUGGAUCUGUACAUCAGUCUGGGGAGUAUUGCCAUCUUAACAAUGCUAAGUCUUCCAAUCCAUGAGUGAAUGUGGGGUAUUUUUCCCUUUG